UUAUUUGGGCCCAAAGAAGGCCUAAAGCGAAGAUGACGUCACGAAACCUAAAACGCGAGCGAGCUUGUUCCUAUAAAUUUAUAAACCCUAAUUUCUUUUCAGUCUCUCUCCGUUGCAGACACUCGACAGCUCACGCCAUGGGUAUCGAUCUUAUCGCGGGAGGUAAGAGCAAGAAGACCAAAAGGACAGCGCCAAAGUCUGAUGAUGUCUACCUCAAGCUUCUCGUCAAGCUGUACCGGUUUUUGGUUAGGAGAACCGGAAGCAAGUUCGAUGCUGUGAUCCUUAAGAGGCUUUUCAUGAGUAAAGUCAACAAGGCUCCUCUUUCACUAUCCAAGCUCGUGGAGUUUAUGAAGGGCAAGGAUGGUAAGAUUGCUGUGUUGGUUGGGACUAUUACUGAUGAUUUGAGAGUGCAUGAGAUUCCUGCAAUGAAGGUUACUGCCUUGAGGUUUACAGAGAGGGCUAGGGCUAGGAUUGAGAAAGCUGGUGGAGAGUGCUUGACUUUUGAUCAGCUUGCUCUCGUUGCUCCACUGGGACAGAACACGGUUCUACUUAGAGGACCAAAGAACUCGCGUGAAGCAGUGAAGCACUUUGGUCCAGCUCCUGGUGUGCCGCACAGUCACUCCAAGCCCUAUGUGAGGGCUAAGGGAAGGAAGUUUGAGAAGGCUAGAGGAAAGCGAAAGAGUCGUGGUUUCAAGGUCUAAGAAAUAUCUCUGUUGUUUCGUUAUGGUUGGUUUCAUGAUCGAAAUUUUCGUAGAGAACUCGUGUUCCUCUUCAUUUCUUGCAGACAAUGUUUUAAGUUUUUUGUCUUUAUUAUGUUCUACUCGACAUUUAAAUGUUUUGCGUAAGAAUUUACUUAUUCCAAAGAGUCUUUUCAGAUC